CGUUUUUCCCCCGCCCUCCGAGCUCUUUUUUCUUGUCCGCCUCCAGAAGGUUCCUCGGCGGUUUCUGCUUCGCCUCGCCGGGAAGAUGCUGGGCCAGCGCCCCGUCCUCGUUCUCAGUCAAAACACAAAACGUGAAUCUGGAAGAAAAGUCCAGACUGGAAAUAUUAAUGCUGCUAAGACUAUUGCUGAUAUUAUCAGAACCUGCCUAGGACCAAGGGCAAUGAUGAAGAUGCUGUUGGACCCCAUGGGUGGAAUCGUCAUGACAAACGAUGGCAAUGCUAUUCUUAGAGAAAUUCAAGUACAGCAUCCAGCUGCCAAAUCCAUGAUAGAAAUCAGCCGUACUCAGGAUGAAGAAGUGGGCGAUGGGACCACAUCUGUGAUUAUUCUCGCUGGAGAAAUGCUGUCGGUGGCAGAACAUUUCCUAGAGCAGCAGAUGCACCCCACGGUAAUCAUCAGCGCCUACCGAAAGGCCCUGGAUGACAUGAUCAGCGCUCUGAAGAAAAUCAGCACUGCCGUUGACGUCAGCAACCGCGAGGCCAUGCUUAAAAUCAUCAACAGCGCCAUCAGCACCAAGGCUAUAAACCGCUGGUCAGAUCUGGCCUGCAGCAUUGCCCUGGAUGCGGUCAAAACAGUGGAGUUGGAAGAGAAUGGCAGGAAGGAAAUUGACAUCAAGAAGUAUGCUAAAGUAGAAAAGAUUCCUGGUGGUUUUAUUGAGGAUUCCUGUGUCCUGCCUGGGGUCAUGAUUAAUAAAGAUAUCACUCAUUCUCGGAUGCGCCGCACCAUCAAGAACCCCCGGAUCGUUUUGCUGGACUGUUCGCUGGAAUUCAAGAAGGGGGAGAGCCAGACUGAUAUUGAAAUAACCCGCGAGGAAGACUUUGCUCGCAUCCUACAGAUGGAAGAGGAAUUUGUUCAGCAGAUGUGCGAUCAUUUGAUCAAAGUUAAGCCUGACCUCAUCAUCACGGAGAAAGGCAUCUCCGACCUGGCUCAACAUUUCCUGAUGAGAGCUAACAUCACAGCAAUCCGCCGGGUGAGGAAAACUGACAACAACCGGAUUGCAAGGGCUUGUGGCGCUCGUAUUGUCAGCCGCACGGAUGAGCUUCGCGAAGAGGAUGUGGGGACCGGCGCUCGGCUCUUCGAAGUGAAGAAAAUUGGAGACGAGUACUUUACUUUUAUCACUGACUGCAAGGAACCCAAGGCCUGCACCAUUUUGCUCCGGGGCGCCAGCAAAGAGAUUCUAGCGGAGGUGGAGCGUAACCUCCAGGAUGCCAUGCAGGUCUGUCGCAACGUCCUCGUUGACCCGCAGCUGGUGCCAGGCGGUGGCGCUUCCGAGAUGGCCGUGGCCCACGCCUUAACCGAAAAGUCCAAAGUCAUGACCGGGGUGGAACAGUGGCCCUAUCGUGCUGUGGCCCAAGCUCUGGAAGUUAUUCCCAGGACCCUCAUUCAGAACUGUGGUGCUAGCACUAUCCGUGCCCUCACUUCCUUGCGGGCCAAACACACUCAAGAAGGCAGCCAGACCUGGGGUGUCAAUGGAGAGACUGGCGCCUUGGCUGACAUGAAGGACUUGGGCAUCUGGGAGCCCCUCUCUGUCAAGUUGCAGACCUACAAGACGGCUGUCGAGACGGCUGUCCUCCUGCUGCGGAUCGACGACAUUGUUUCCGGCCACAAGAAGAAAGGCGACGAUCAGAACAAGCAGCCGGGAGCUCCAAAUGCAGCCCAAGAAUAACAACUCCUUGGCGCAACAACAAACCUGGGACGAUUAGAGGAGUCGGAAGAGUAGGAGCCCAGUCAACAUUUCAAGAGACGUGGUUCUUCAACCCCUGGAUUUCAAAGACGGUUGAAGCUCCAAGCAUCAAUUUGGUUUCUAGUUCUAGGUCACGGAGAGGAGGAGGAGGAGGAAGGCGGACCGGCGGCAGCCCUGCGUGUUAGCAUGUUUCCCUCGAGGAAACACGCUUUAUUUAAAUGUACUCCGUAGCUGCUUGGUGGCUUUAUUAAUAAAAAAAAAUGACACCCCUUCACGUUCAUAG